AUGGACAAUGUAAGAAGUGUAAAAGAUGGUGGAUCACAUAGGAGGAGUGGUCGAAGUCCUACUAAAAGAUUUGAUUUUCCUCUUCAAGUCAGAUCAAGUGCAGAAUUGACAAAGAAAGUGCUACAACAUGUUAAGAAAGAAAAAAUUGACAAGUUACAUGAGAUGCUACAGGGAAACAAUAGAGAAAGGGUUCAGGAAAUUAUAGAAGUUGUGGACGAAACACCAAAAAAAGGAACUCAACAAGAAAGAGUUCAAAAAGUUGAUCACAAUUUGGACAAAGAGACUAUUGCAAAGAAAAUGGAGAUAGACAAACUCUCGCAACCAAAAGUAAUGAAAGAUCAUGCACAUGGUGACAAAGAAUUUGUACAAGAAACACCAAAGAAAAGAACUCAAGUGAAAGCUACAAAAGAAGAGAGACCUAAGCUUUUGCAACCACAAGCUAAGGAAGUUCUUGCACAUGGAAACAAAGAAGUUUCACAAGGAAUGCUGAAAAAAAGAAUUCAUGAGAAUCUACUAGAGAACAAUAGAGAUAAAAUUCAAAAGGUGGAAAAACCAGUUGCAAGGAGAAUACUUAUUUCUUCCAAAAAUAAGAAACCAGAGAAAUCUACUCUAUCUUUGGACACAAUGAUGUCAAAAGCUGAAUGCUCUCAAAAGCUAAAUAGGGUGCCAAAAUGCCCAUCAAUGUUGAUUGAUGAUUAUGUAGAUCUUCACAAGUCAAAGGAAAUGGAUGCAACCAAGUCAAACAAUGGUGAAAAACCGGGCAGCAGCGUUAACCGUAGCUCUAAUCAAAAUCAAUCAAAAAAAGGAACUCGACAAGAAAGUGUUCAAAAUCGGGCAAAAGUCAACGAAGAAGAUGAAAUCACAAAUAGAGAAGAAGAAAAAGAAACAUCCCAAAGAAAAACUCGUGGGAAAAAUUUGUGCAAAAAGAUUCAUGCAAGAACUUUGGAAGAGCGAGUAGAAGUGACCUUUAAUGAGGAUUUUCAGCCAAUUGGCCCUAGUGAAAAAGUAGUAUCUGACUUGAGCCUCUUCUUGGGAACAUUGGCUAGGAACUCAACAUUUUGUCCUCUACGUUACACCAAUUGGUCAGGAAUGCCAGAUGAUAAUAAAAACCGUUUCUGGAGAUAUACUAAUCGGAAGUUUAUCUUGUCGGUUGAAGCACGAGAUUGGAUUGAGACCACUGUUAGAGAGGCAUGGAGAAGAUAUAAGCACAAAAUUAAGAAGAAUCAUUUUUUGAAGUAUUCCAACAUGACCGAGAGACUCAAAAAUCGUCCGCCAAAUGUGCCAAUAGCCCAGUUUAAGAGUCUUUGUGCUUAUUGGAGUAAGGAAACUAUACAAGCAAUCAGUGAAAAUAACACUAGAAAUAGAGCUCAACUAAAGUGGAUGCAUCGAAUGGGUCCCAAAAACUUUGCUUUGACUCGUGAAAAAGUGCGUGAAAAGGAAAAAAGAGAGCCCACUCAAUCAGAAAUGUUUGUUGAAACUCGAAAAGGAAAUAAAGGAAAGGAACUGGAUGUAGAAACUGGAAAAGUAAUUUCCCAACUUCAAGAAAUGGUUGAAAAGGAGGAAAAGAUUAAUGCUUUGAAACAAGCCCACAGUGAAGAGGUCUCUACAUUAAGGGACGAGUUUCAAGAUAAGAUUGAUAGAUUGCAAAAUGCUUUUAAGACCGUAAUACAACAAUGCAAUCCUCAAAUUAAUAUAGAGUCAAUUGAAGAUUUGUUAGGAUUAUCUCAUGGAGAUGCUAAUAGUUCCCCAAAGGAUAUAAGACCGCAAAUGCAUUCAUCUACAUCAACUCAUGCUCCAUGUCAUGGAAAGCAAUGUAUCAAUGAAGAUGUUGAAAAGGACGAUAUAAAUGAUGAAAUUCAAGAGGACGACAUAAAUGAUAAAAUUCAAGAGGACGACCUAAAUGAUAAAAUUCAAGAGGACGACGUAGAUGAUGAAUUUCAAGAGGACGACAUAGAUCUAGAUGAUGAAUUUCAAGAGGAGGAUAUAGAUGGUGAAUUUCAAGAGGACGACGUAGAUGAAGAAUUUAUGGAGGAUGACAUAUCUAACGAAUUUCAAGAGGACGAUCUGGAUGCUUUACUCCUAGAAGACAAACUUGAAUGA